AUGGCGGCCAGUCAGCAGUGGGUGUUGGUGGAGAUGGUGCAGGCCUUCUAUGAGGCACCUGCAUACCAUUUAAUACUGGAAGGCAUUCUGAUCCUGUGGAUUAUACGGCUUAUAUUUUCUAAGACUUACAAAUUGCAGGAACGCUCUGACCUCACAGAAAAGGAGAAGGAAGAAUUGAUUGAAGAGUGGCACCCAGAACCUCUCGUGCCUCCUGUUUCUAAAGAUCACCCAGCUCUCAAUUAUAACAUCGUUACUGGACCUCCAAGCCACACAAUCAUUGUGAAUGGAAAAGAAUGUAUUAAUUUUGCAUCCUUUAAUUUUCUUGGUCUCCUAGAUAAUGAGAGAGUUAAGGCUGCAGCAUUGGCAUCACUUAGGAAAUAUGGUGUUGGGACAUGUGGGCCAAGAGGAUUUUAUGGUACAUUUGAUGUCCACUUGGAGUUAGAAGAAAGACUUGCCAAAUUCAUGAAAACAGAAGAAGCAAUUCUUUAUUCAUAUGGAUUUGCUACCAUUGCAAGCGCUAUCCCUGCAUACUCAAAAAGGGGGGACAUUGUAUUUGUGGAUGAAGCUGCAUGUUUUGCAAUUCAGAAGGGGCUGCAGGCAUCAAGAAGUAGCAUCAAGUACUUUAAACACAAUGAUAUGAAUGACUUGGAGAGGUUGUUAAAGGAGCAGGAAGUGGAAGACCAAAAGAAUCCACGCAAGGCCAGAGUGACGAGAAGAUUUAUUGUUGCUGAAGGACUAUAUAUGAAUACAGGUGACAUAUGCCCUCUUCCACAACUGGUUGAGUGAGUUGAAGUACAAAUACAAAGUAAGAAUAUUCCUGGAAGAAAGUCUUUCCUUUGGAGUACUAGGAGAACAUGGCCGAGGAGUAACUGAG